AUGACCGCUCGCCUACGCAGAUGUACGUGUCGCGUUCUCGAUAACCUGAAACGGACGCCGACGCCUGAGAAAAGUUGUAGAUGCGUUGCAGGAGAAAGCAGGACAGAGAAAGGAGCAGUGACACACAGAGAUAACAAAAGAAGCACUGAACAAAGUGGAGGCACCGCAACACAGCAGGACCAAGAGCAGUGGCCAGCAUCUCCGUUCUCGUCCAGCGUUUCCACGUAA